CAGAGAUUGAAACUUGAUUGAAUACAAAUGAAAGAGGACAAAAAUUUUGAGUCCACAAUUGUAGAGGAGUUUCAACCUUAAUCAACGAGGCACUGAAUUUUGUUCGAAUCUCCAUUCUCCACUAAAUGGAACGUUUUGGCCUUGAUUCUAAGGAUCGGCUUCGAGCUUCCGCCUUGCUGCUUAUAUUGCUUUUCCUGGUACUCAGUAGAAGAACCCAUCGCCCUGGAGAGUCGAGCUUGUACCCUUUGGUCGUAAGCACAUGGCCCUUUUUGGAGGCUGUUGAAAGGGCAUGGAGUGCUGCUAAUAAUGGCAAUUCAGCAGUUGAUUCUGUUGUAGAAGGAUGUUCUGCCUGUGAAGAACUGAGAUGUGAUGGUACAGUUGGACCAGGUGGAAGCCCGGAUGAAAAUGGAGAAACAACAAUUGAUGCCAUGGUUAUGGAUGGGGUGACGAUGGAAGUUGGAGCUGUAGCUGCCAUGAGGUAUAUUAAGGAUGGUAUAAAAGCUGCAAGGUUAGUGAUGAGACAUACUGAACACACUUUACUCGUUGGAGAGAAGGCCUCUGCUUUCUCCAUUUCAAUGGGUCUUCCUGGACCCACAGAUCUCAGCUCGCCGGAGUCAAUAGAAAAGUGGAAUAAAUGGAAAGAAAACAAUUGCCAACCUAAUUUUCGGAAAAAUGUUGUGCCUGUCAAUAGCUGUGGCCCUUACCACUCUAAUGGCCUUCUGCUAGUUGCUGAAACGACAUGUCUAGGAGAUGGUCCAAGAAGAGCCGUUGAAUUAAGGUCAAAUCAUUUUGGUCGUCACAGUCACGAUACCAUAUCGAUGGCAGUAAUCGAUAAGUUUGGGCACAUUGCUGUUGGAACAUCCACCAAUGGGGCCACCUUCAAGAUCCCAGGCAGGGUGGGUGAUGGUCCUAUAGCAGGAUCUUCAGCAUAUGCGGAUAGUGAUAUCGGUGCAUGUGGAGCAACUGGGGAUGGCGACAUCAUGAUGCGUUUCCUGCCAUGCUACCAAGUUGUUGAGAGUAUGCGAUUGGGGAUGACGCCGAAGGAUGCUGCUAAAGAUGCCAUAGCAAGGAUUGCAAGGAAAUUCCCUGACUUUGUUGGAGCUAUAUUUGCUGUUGACAAAAAUGGUACUCACGCCGGUGCUUGCCAUGGAUGGAAAUUCCAAUACUCAGUUCGAAGCCCAGAAAUGCAUAGCGCUGAGGUUUUCACUGUACUUCCUUGAAGCUGCAAUUUUUCUUCUCUUUUGGUAUUAUGGUGCUUGGGAUGAGUCUCAUGAAUGAAACACAUACACUUGAAAGUAUGGUUCUGGCUCAUAAGCAUUAGAGUUGGAAGUCGAUACAAAGACAUUACUUCACUGUGGUGACUGCUGAUAUUGGUGUAUGUGACAGCAUAAUGGGAAGUUGAGCAAAACUGUAGAAUAAAAUAUUGUUGUUAUUUCCAAAACACUCAAGAAAAAGGUAUGGCCAACGUUGACUCGUAGGAGUUUGGCCAAAAGCACUUAAUUUCUUUCAAUUUUUAUCGAUUUGAUAGAACUCCAAAUUCAAACA